AUGCGCUGCUUCGUGUUCCUAGUGCUCUUGAUUGCAAGCGUCGUGCUGGCGAACGGCGAUGCUACCGUGGAAACUGCAGAUGCCAAUACAGUCUCCAGCCUCCAGUCAUUGGCCAGCUCUCUGUCUACGACCAAAUACGAAGCCCACGCCACGAGACUUUUGAGGGUCCAAGACGAGGAAGAGCGAGCUCUUCCGAUCCCUCCUCCCAGUCUUUCUCUGUUCUCGAAUUGGGUCAAGGCGAUGAGAUUGAAGGUCACAAACAGCGUUCGAGCCCGGUAUUGGCUCUAG